CGGACUAUAUUAAUUAUUGUUAUUUUCUAUGAUAGUAGGCAUUAACUGUUUGUAACCGGGUAACCUUAUUGUUGGACGCGCAUCGCUUUCUAAACGUAUUUUUUACUAAAUUACAUACAAAAUGUCUAAAGCUCAUCCCCCAGAGUUAAAAAAGUUUAUGGACAAAAAAAUGUCCCUUCAACUAAACGGGGGAAGAUGUAUAUCAGGAAUACUCAGAGGAUUCGACCCCUUCAUGAAUCUCGUAAUUGAUGAAACAGUAGAAGAAUGUAAAGAUGGAUCUAAAAACAAUAUUGGGAUGGUGGUUGUUCGUGGAAAUAGCAUUAUUAUGUUAGAAGCUUUGGACCGACUCUAGUAAAUAAGUUUUAUGUAUGUGAAUAUGCCUUAAUUUAAUGAAUAUUACUAAGUGUAACUGAUGGAUGUGGAAUAAACUUCAUAAGUUUAUAAUUCAAA